GUUACGGUGGUCGUAGCUUUUGGUUUCUCUCUCUAACUAAGAGCUCCUUCUCUCUCUAAAAUCCUUCGGUUCAUGAUCUCCAUUUUUACAGGCUAUACAUACAUACAUUACAUACACGUUCACUUACGUAUGAGUGAUUAUUCCGCGUCAAUAUACAUAUAGUCAUAUAGAGAGAGAAACUAGAGAGAGAAACAGUAUGGGAAUAUCAAUUGUGUGGCCGUCGAAGAAAUGGUUGCCUCUGUUUACUUUGCUGCUCUUCGUGCUCGUCGUCGGAGCUCUGUCUACUGUUCACGGAGACGAAACCCUGAAUUUAAGAGAUUUUGAAAAAGAGGAGUUGCAGAACUCUCCAAACUCGACAAUGGCGGAAAAAUUAGAAGGAAUUGAGGAGGAUGUUUUGAAUGAACAUGCAGUUGAUGACCCUGAAGAGGUUGUAAGAAUGGUCGAAAUGGCCACGAGAAACAGCACCGACAGGAGGCGAAGACUCGGCUACUUCUCGUGCGGGACCGGCAACCCUAUAGACGACUGCUGGCGUUGCGACCCCAACUGGCACAAGAACCGCAAGCGCUUGGCCGACUGCGGCAUUGGCUUCGGCCGCAACGCUAUUGGCGGCAGGGACGGCCGGUUCUACGUCGUCACCGAUUCUGGCAACGACGACCCCGUAACCCCCAAGCCGGGCACCCUCCGCUACGCGGUCAUCCAGGACGAGCCCCUUUGGAUCGUCUUCCAGCGUGACAUGGUCAUCACACUGAAGCAAGAACUCAUAAUGAAUAGCUUCAAGACAAUCGACGCUCGUGGGGCCAAUGUCCACAUUGCCAACGGGGCGUGUAUAACAAUCCAAUUCAUCACAAAUGUCAUCAUACAUGGGCUCCACAUACACGACUGUAGGCCCACGGGGAAUGCUAUGGUGAGAAGCUCCCCGUCGCACUACGGGUGGAGGACUAUGGCGGACGGUGACGCCGUCUCAAUUUUUGGGUCGAGUCAUAUUUGGGUUGACCAUAACUCGAUGUCCAAUUGCGCCGACGGGCUUGUGGAUGCUGUGAUGGGUUCCACCGCUAUCACGAUUUCGAACAACUACUUCACGCACCACAACGAGGUUAUAUUGUUGGGGCACAGUGAUUCUUACAUGAGGGACAAGCAAAUGCAGGCGACUAUCGCUUACAAUCAUUUCGGGGAGGGUCUCAUUCAAAGAAUGCCGAGGUGCAGACACGGAUACUUCCACGUGGUGAACAACGACUACACGCACUGGGAGAUGUACGCGAUAGGAGGGAGCGCGGAGCCCACAAUCAACAGCCAAGGAAACAGAUACCUCGCGCCGGUCAAUCCUUUUGCAAAGGAGGUGACAAAGAGGGUCGAAACGGCAGAAAGCAGAUGGAAGGGGUGGAACUGGAGAACGGAGGGCGAUUUGAUGCUCAACGGUGCGUAUUUUAUCCCGUCUGGAGCCGGAGCUUCCGGAAGCUACGCUAGAGCUUCCAGCUUGGGUGCUAAAUCUUCUUCCAUGGUUGCUUCUAUUACUUCUGGUGCCGGUGCACUUGGCUGCCGUCGGGGCCGCCAGUGCUAGCGGCAAUCUCUUAUCCCCUAUUACAUAAAAUAUCUAGAAUGAGUCUUUUCUUUACCUUCAUUUGCCUACAAAAAAAACCUACUUGGAAAACUUCAUUCACAUUGGCAAGUGUACAUUUUUUACACAUGUCAAACAUUCUUCAUUUGCUCCUCCUCGUUGUCCGAUCGUUUUUUCUUCGCUCCUGGCAGUGCCAAGGUUUCCUCUGCCUCUUGAAUUUUCUAACACAUUUUAUAUCUAUAUAUAUUUGUCUGCUAUCAGUCCUCCACAAAAUGUGUUUGGGCAUUUGUUCUCUAUAGAAGCUAAAUUAUAUCCUAUUUCCUUUCGACCUUCUUAUUCUCCGUCAUACAACGUAUAGUAUGAAAUUGUGAAUGUCAAAAAACUCGUGUAAAAAAACGAAGCAAAAAAGAGAGUGUAAUAGAUGAUGCAUAGUAGUAAGGCUAUCUUUUACUACUACUUUUUUGCCUCGUCUCUGUCAAUGUAAGCAAUCUGUAUUGGUUUGUUUGAAUGAUGAAUUGUGUUUAUAACUUAUGUAUGAUUAUCAGACAGUAUUAUCUCCUC